AUGAGCCAUAGAAGACUUUCUAAUAAUUAUUCUGAAAAACUUGAUACAUCUGGAGAUGUUGGUCUUCCUAAAACCUAGGAAAUCUCGGAAUUAUUUUUGAAUUACCUAAAAGCUUAAUCCAUCAGUGAGUCAGAUUGCUUGUCAAGAUCUAAAGAUAUUUUGUAGAAAUUGUAAACUGCUAUCAUCUUAUUCAGCUGUUACGAAGCUAUUACCUUUUUCGGUUGUUUGACUGUCUUAAUCAUUAGUCUGGAACUCAAAAUAAUUUUUAUUGCAAUAGGAUUAUUUUUCAAAUUAUUGACAUUCAUCUAUCUAAUAUUUUAAGUAAGAAAACAAAUUAAAUGUAUUGGAUUGAAAUCUACAAUCACAAGGAAAAUAUUCUUAGAAAUAUUAAAAUAGGAUAAAACUAUUGAUCCAGAGAAUAGAGUUGAAAUAAGAUUAGUGGAUUUCAAUGUAGCCACAAAAUUGACUUUCAAGAAGUUUAUUCAAGAGUUUACUAUUUUUCAUAGAAAAUCUUUUAUUACUGUCCUAAUUCUAACAAUAGUAAUCUAUGUAUUAUAUUUUAACUUAAUUCUCUAAGAAUCCAAGGUUAAUUAAUAUUUGAUUUUCUCCGAAUUUGCAUUAAUUACAUUACCACUUACACUCACUAUUAUAUCAUUGACUCUACUACUACUAUUCCUUCUGAUUAAUUGCCUUAUCAAUCUUGUUGACAUGAUAGUCCGAUUAUUUAUCAAUAUUUUCAUUUCCGUUCCAAGACUUAUAAGAUUUUUACUAAUGAUUUUCAGGAUCAAAAAAGAGAAUCAUUCUGUUUUAAUGAAAUAUGUUCACACUUAACAUACAUCAAAGGAUAUUUGCUCUAUUUGCCUGUGUUCAUUUUAAAAUCAAUGUAUUUUACUACCAUGCUAACAUUUAUUUCACAUUGAUUGUAUUGAAAAAUGGUUUUUUGGCAACAAUUCGUGUCCUAUAUGCAGAGCAAAAAUUAAUAAUAACGACGAUAACCAACAAAAAUGA